AUGUCCGUCAGCUUCCGCUCAUCCUCCGUCAUUCGUGCUCAGGGACGGGAUCUGCUGUCAGAGCGAAUUACCGAGACAACUGCGUCCCCCACCGCGGAAGCCGUACUCUACCACUCUAAGCGUAGCGACACGGGACGGCGCGACAUGGCAUAUCGUUGUCUCCUCCGACUAAAGGAAAGCGGGGAAGGAGGUACGCGACAAUGCCAAAUGUGGGCCGUACAGUACAGAUUCACUGAAGGAUUCCAGCAUCGGUUCUACGAACCUUCGAAGAAUUCAGGUUCAGUGGCCUCCUCUACUCCAUCUCUUUUGUGGAGCCGCUCCCCGACCAUUGGAUCACAUCUGGGUCACGAACUAUGGGUCUGCAUCGAGUUUCAAAGUUCUGAUCUGGCUUCACGCAAUGGCGCGAAGAAUAGAGCUGGGAAAGCUCGGGGCGUGGAGGGCGUGGUUCAAAAGCAGCCCCUGUUGACGGACAGCAUGGUGGUCGUCUCCUGUACCCACGCUUGGGCGUCAAAGGAGGCAAUCAAAGCCAGCAACCUCAACGAAGAUGGUGCAAUUCACACGCAGCCACGCUCGGCUCGGGGAAUGCAUCACCGGCAGCAGAUUGUGGAUGGGUGGACCCUCACCUUCAGCUAG